CACGGCAAUUUGAAACUCAAACCCGCGGUUUGUCACAUAAAUAAAGGUCUCCCUAGUUUGAUGGAUUACAAUGGUCGCUCCUUGCCAAAUUGUCUAAAGGGGUGUCUCAACGACUUGGAUUGCCAAUUGGAUCAAGAGCGCUGCAUCAAAAGCGUGUGCAUGGGAGGAUGUUCCAUUCCUGACAUAGAGAACGCUGUUCCCAUCAGGAAUGGUCUGAAACAAAUUCCUCUUGGGAGUGAGCUUACUAUUCGGUGCCAGCCUGGUCAUCUCAAUUUACAAGGAUCCCAAGAAGGCAAUUUUGCUUGUCAACCUACCUCUCAAGGGCCUAGGUUGUGCCCUAAAUUCGGCAAAUGUCAUGAUCCCAUGUGUGUUGGAGGGUGUCGUAAAGAUCAGGAUUGCUUGGAUCCACAACAGAUCUGUGUCAGUGGAUCGUCCCAAUGUUCCAGUCAAGCAUGCUGCGAGAGUAUCAGCUGCCCCAUGACCUACGAAGUGGACCCUAGAGCCAAGUUUGGGCCCUUGAGCAAGUCCAAUUUGUUGGACGAGGCCACGCUAACCUGUCCUGACGGUAUGGUAUUUCAACCUCAAAGUGGCCCUGCUCCAAUUGCUCAGCCUACCACAAUUACAAAGGCAUCUUGCGUUCAAAGAGCUGAUGGAGGCAAAUGGAUCACAAAUCCGAAGAAUCUUCGUUGUGUUGAAGGAUGUAAUCGAGACGAAAUGCCAUGCCAGAAACCAUGUCAUGAGUGUGACGUCAGCUCUUGGCAAUGCGUUCCAUCAGCUUGUUCCAAGUUCAUCCGGAAUGGUCGGCUUCUUAGCCAAGGGACACAACUUGGACUCAAGACCCAUGCCUUGUGCAAUCAGGGAUCCUAUGCUCAAUCCCUUGAAGGAACUCUGAAGGCGGUGAUUCAAUUGAAGUGUAAGUGUUUGGAACAAGUUCCAACAUGGACGUGGCGCUCAGAAGAUGGUGAGGAUGUUCCAUUUGAGGGAUGUAAGACAGAAUUUUGCCGAACCGACGAAGAUUGCAGCGAUGAAGAAACGUGCUCCAAGCUCCACCAAUGCCAGGCCCUUCAAUGCGCCUCAUCGAUACCAGGUCUUUCGGGAGAUCUAAUCCCAUCUCCAGAUGGACAAGUCCACUUGGUGUGCCACAGGGGCUUUGCCAUAGAGGACAUCAACAAUGGAACCAUCACCACCCGGAUCCCAGUGGAAUGUGUACACAAAACUGCCGAACGCAAGAUGGUUUGGAUUCCCAAGGGCCAUCCGGAAUGCGCUUAUCACGACAACGUCAAGUGUGAUUUUGGUUGUCAAAGCGAUAAGGACUGCCCUCCAAAUGAGCGGUGUCAAAUCUUCCUGACUGACAAGUCCAUCAAGCAUUGUGUCCCUCAGACGUGUUCCAAGCCUUACAAACAGACCCAUGGAGGAGUGGUGGACUUUCCCCUCUCUGGUCUCAAGGAAUCAGAUCAUGUGGAGUUUCGAUGCCAUCCUGGAUAUGGGAUCGAGCCCUCAAGGUUGUCACCCUUUGUUCGGACCUCACUUCAAAUCUUCUGCUUACGAAAUGCAGAGCCUGGAAUAGGGAUUAGACUUGGCUAUUUUCUCCAGAAUGGAGCUCAAGUCCCAAUUUGCUCGAGAGGGGUGUGUUCCAAACAAGAGGAUUGUUAUCCCGAUGAAAUGUGUUUUCAAAACAUAUGCUCGGUUCGAGCAUGUUCCAACAUUUCUCCCAUUUCGAACUCCCAUCUGACCAACCCAUCAAAACGGUUCCAAAUAUCAGAAUCUACCAACAUCCAAUGUAACCAAGGCCAUGUCAUACGUUGGCAUGGACAGUGCUUCAAGGAAUUGGGAGUAACUUGUUUCCUGCCCGAACACCCGAAAGUUCCAAUGUGGUUGCCAAACUCAAAUCCUUUGUCAAAUAGUGCCCAACCAUCAUGUCAAAAAGGAUGCUCAAUCGAUUCUGAUUGUCAACCUUUUGAAUGGUGCGAUCAAUCCCAAUGCGCUUGUCAUCCCAAAGCGUGUCCAAGCACCAUUCCGUUCGGCAUUUUGUUCGACCUCACCGGGAUCACAGAAGGUCAACAAGGUCGCUUUCUGUGCCAGGCUCUGAGGGAUCCUAUUCCCGUCAUUUGUCAAUCAACGUUGAAUGGAGAGGCCCGUUGUACCAAAGGAGUCCAAGACACCUGUUGAGAAACUGGGGAUGGCGCAGGAUAUAUGUCAUGGGAAAAAUGAGACUAUGAACGAGUGGUACCACAAAACUUGGAGAAAUUAUGAGCAACCGAAUCGAGGUCUUUUG